CUCAUAUGACCCUUAUAUAGGGAAGUGUAAGAGUAGUUGUGAGGAAGAGCUCAAUCUAUCUUUGUACCUCCACCAAGUCGCUAGUGGACCAGCCCACAACCAAGAAAUAAUUCUCAACCCUGGCUUUGAGAACUCGUUCGGUAUGGUAGCCGUUAAUGACUGGGAGAUACAUGCUGCCCCUGAUUCCACGUCAAGUAUCAUUGCUCGGGCAAAGGGAAUGCAUAUCCAGGCUACCAAAAGUCAGGCCAAUGGCGUUGCUUGGUUUCUUCCUUUCAGCAUGGUCUUUCAGGAUUCAAGGUUUGGCGGGUCUACGUUACAAGUGAUGGGGGCAAUUACUAGUGCAGAUGGUGAGUUUGCUAUUGUUGGUGGGACUGGAAAAUUGUCGAUGGCGCGUGGUACUGUGAAGUUCAUAGCAAUCCAGGCGCAAAGCAGCUCCAUAGAGAACUACAGAAAAAUUGAUAUUCAUGCAUUCUACACACCCUCUCUGACCGUCUAGGACAUAAAGAACAAACAUGCAGCGCUUCAGCUCGAAACACGAGCAAGUAAUCCUGGAGAAAUAAACUAUGUGUUUUUCCGUUAUUGCUAGUAGUACUAUCUAGUUAUAAUAUGAAUGUUGGGGAAGACCUCCCAUUAUUUA